UGAUUGAUUUAUGGUAAACAAGUUUGAGGUGAUUGUCGAUUUGAAACCUAGAGUUUUGUACAUUUAGAAAUUGUAUUUCUUCAAAUAUCUCGUGAUUUGAAAUUAUUCGUGUGAAAUUAAAUUGAAUAUCAUGUUGCAUUGGAUUUCAAUCUGGAAUAAACAAGCAGCUUCAAUUUCAUGAUUUUUUAAACCUUGUUUUUUUUGUAGCCAGGAAUGGUUUCCAUUCGCAGCCUCAAACAACAUCAAGUGACCAAAAGCUUUUGUCCAGCAUCUUUACCAGGAUUUAGAUUUUAACCUUAAUUUUCUUAAAAUGUCAGCAAUGUUUAAAUUAUUUUAUUUUUUUAUUUUGUUUGGUUGUAUUGUCGGACCUUUAACCGCUAUAAGCUGUAAAAAUGAACAAGAUGAAUCAGUUGAUUGGUACAUUGCCUACAAACUUCCUAGAGAAGAGCCCAAACCAAACCAAAAUGGAUACAAUUAUGCUACAAUAACAAGCAAAGAUUACAAGGAAUCUAAAUUGAAAUUGUCAUCUAAAUUGGUUAAUGAUUCAGGAUCCAUUUGGGGUAAAACAUUGGCUCCAUUAUAUGCUGAUGCCUCCAAAUAUACUUAUUUUGCUUGGAAUGAUGAUCCACCAAAGGAAAAAGGUAAUGGCUAUUAUGCCCACUCUAAAGGUGUUAUUGCUAUGGACGCAACCUCAGGAUUUUGGUUGAUCCAUUCAGUUCCCAAUUUUCCUAAUUUGUUCAAUGAAACCUACGACUACCCAACUACGGGAAGGGAAAACGCACAGAUUUCAUUGUGUCUCAGUUUUGCGAGUCAAUUAGAAGGCCCUAAGAUUGGAUCAAUUCUGGCUUUAAUGCGACCAAAUGUUUAUGCUUACAAUUUAAUCGAUACGAUUCCGAAGGAAAAUGAUAACUUCCAAAGCCUAGUACCUUCUUCUGGUCGGAAAAGGUCUCGAAAUAGGAAUACAGUUUUAACAUCUUCACUAAAAGGCUCAUCGGAUGGAACACAGUUUACGGUUUUUGGCAAAUCUCCUCGAGCUUUGAUUGAAAUUUACUCUGAUGUAAUUGGACCCACAUUAAAAAGUGAUUUAUACACUCAAACUUGGAGGCGAGGAGCUGGAGGCAUUUUAAACUCAACUUGCUCUAGGAAAACGGUUAAUGUGAUGAAUGUACAGUCCAUCAGUAUGAAAUUUAAAAACGAUACCGAGACCGAUGAUUGGGACUUUACAUCUGAUCACUCAAAAUGGGCUAUCACAACUGAUGCUGAUAACUCUGAAACCUCAAGUGAAAAGAAUCCUUGGACAUGUGUCGGUGAUAUAAACAGAAUGCAGUCUCAAUCAAAACGAGGUGGAUCGGUUGUCUGUCUAAAAAAUCAACAACUUUGGUCAGCUUUUAAUAAAAUAAUAAAAUCUACAGAAGCAUGUAAUCAACGAACACGCAAGAAUAGUUCAACAAGAAAACCAAAAGCUAAACGUUUCUUCUUUGAUUCAACAUGAAACAAUUCAAUGAAACUCUUCCCUAGACUGUCUGGCUUUUAUCAAUUCAAUUCCUUAAAUGUGAAGAGUUCAAUUAAAAAUCAAUUCAUUUGAUUAUGCUUAUAGCAAUCAUUUUUGUGAUUUUUUCACUAUUUCUAUCAAUGAACCGUUCUUGUUAAGACUCGAUAAAAUACAAAUUUGAAGAUUCGAUAG